AUGCUCAAAUUUUCAACACAAACAAAACAAAAAUCAUUUUCUUCUUUAUUUAAAAAUAAACAACAAUUAAAUUGUUCGAAUAUUGCCGGGCCAAGUAAUGGAAAUAAUAAUACUCAAGGAGGAGAAAAUUAUGUGCCAGCACCGACUAUAGCAGUGCUCUCAACUGUUAAUACUCAACCUUUGACUAUAAUUCCAAUUUAUGGAAGUCCAACACCUCCAAUUCCACGGAGAUUAAGUAAAUUGUUAUUUAUAGAGUUUUUAAUGGGGAGAGGAAAUGAUUUCGCUCUACCAAAUUCCCAACAAACUCAGACAGCAAAACAACAAAGAUUUUCCAAUUCCUCCUCCCAAUCAACUUCAACCACAACAAUUUCCCAAUCAGUUCCAUCAUCCUCAACAACAACAACCUCUUCAUCUUCAUCGAUAUCUCCAUCUUCCAAAACAUCCUCCUCAUCCCCUCCUUCCUGCCCUCCACCUUCGUCUUCUUCCGGUUCAUUAGGAUCUAUAUUAACAAAUAGCAACACAAGUAGUAAAUCUUCUCGAAUUUUUCCCUCAACCCGGUUCUUCAUUGCUCUACUACUUUGUCUUUGUUAUAUUUCUUUAAGUAUCUCGACUUCAAAUAUUUCUGUUUCCAUGGUUUGUAUGAUAAAAAGAACAUCAGCGCAAUUCCAACAAGUGCAACAACAACAAAUGCAAUCAUUACAACCUAACAACAAUAAUAAUCAAAAUAAUAUGCAAUAUGGAAUUAAUCAAAUAAAUGAACAAGAAAAAGAAAAAUCGGAUGUAUUUAUUUUAUUAAGGAGGAGAAAAAGGGAAAAACAAAAUAUUCAACAACAAAUAAAUUCAACAUCAACUUCAAAACAAUUAUUAACAGAAAAACAAAGUGAAUGUGCUAAUAGUCGUAGAAGAAGAAAACAUUUAAAUAAUAAUAAUAGAGAAAUACGUUCAACUGUUUAUUUUGAAAGUUGCCAUGAAGCAGAAAAACUUUCUUGGAGUUCUACUGAUCAAGGCAUAGUUUUUGCAGCACAAAAUGCUGGUUCUCUUUUCAUGUUAUUUACAGGAGCUCAUGCUGAUCGACUUAACAGUAAAUGGACAAUUAGUGGUGCACUAAUACUUCUCGUUCUCAGCAAUGCAUUACUCCCCCUAGUUGCAUCCAUUUCCGUUUGGUUAGUAGUUGUUGCACGUUUACUUACUGGCCUUUCAGACGCCCUUUUGCAACCAUCAACAUCAAGUCUAAUUACUCGUUGGUUUCCUCCAAAAGAACGUCCAUUCGCUAUUGGGCUUAUAACUGGUGGACGACAAAUUGGUACUCUUUUAAUUCUUCCACUUGCUGGAUUUCUCUGUUCCCGUCAAGAUAUAUUAGGUGGAUGGCCAGUAAUCUUUUAUUUGUCAGCACUAAUUGGAAUAGGAAUAUUAUUUGCCUGGUUGUUAAUGAGUGCAGACAAACCUUCAAAACAUUUUUGUACUUCAAAUAGAGAAAGAUCUUUUGUUGAAGAAAAAAUUGCCGAAGAACGUUUAGGGAAAAGGACGGAAAGAAGAAAAAUACCUUGGAAAAGAUUAGCUACUUGUAGACCUUUAUAUAUUGGGGUAGCUGCUUUAAUAUGCCAUGAAUAUCCUUUAGUUAUUAUGUUACAGCUUCUUCCAAAAUAUAUAAAUGAUGUUUUGCUUUUAUCUAAUACAGCAAAUGGUUUUGUUUCAGCUUUACCUAUAGCUGUUCUUUUUCUUGCAAAAACAUUUUCUUCUUCAAUUUCGUCUUUUAUUCAGGCAAAUAAAAAAGGUCGUUUCAAAAUUGGAAGAACAGCUUUAGCUAAAUGGUUUAAUGGAAUUGCUUCUCUCGGUUUGGGUAUUUGUGUUGGAAUUGUCCCUUUACUUCAUACAGACCAACAAAGAGUUAAUGCUAUUUUUGUUUUGUGUUUAGCUAAUGCUUUUGCCGGUCUUCACACACCUGGUGUUCAAAUAGCCCUUUUACAAAUAGCACCAGCCUAUACGGGUAUAAUUACGGGUAUUGCUUUUGGUUGUGUUGCUAUUUUUAGUAUUGUCAAUAAAAUACUUUCUAAUUAUAUUGUACAGUCUGGCUCUUUAUCUGAAUGGACAAUUGUUUUUUGGAUUGCAGCAGUAAUUGCUUUAUUACCUGUAUUUUUCUUUACUUUAUGGGGAAGUGCAGAACGGCAACAUUGGGCAAGUACUGGAAGUACAAUUCGAAGGAAAAAUACUAAAAGAAAAAAUAAUUUUGGAAAAGUUUUUCCAAUGGAAGAAAUAAAUAAAAAAGAAGCAGCAAAUAAUUCUGAACAAAAUAAUAAUAACAAUUCUGUUUUCUAUAUUAAUAAAAUUGAAAAGGAAAUUAAUAAUUCUGAUAAUUUGGAAACAAAAACAACAACAUUUAAUAAAGAAAAUUUAAAAGAAAUAAAAAUAAAUGAAGUAGAAGAAGAAGACGAAGAAUUAAAUAUUAAUUUUGAUUCUGAAUCUUUAACUUCUGUUUUACGUUUACAAAUGCUUUUAGAAAAUAAUUUUAAUGAAAAUGAGGACGAAGAAGGAGAUAAAGGAGAUAAUAAUAUAGAAACAAUUAAUAUAAAGCAUUAA